AUGGGUUUCGCAUGCGACCCUUGUUCCAUUCGAAAAAUAAAAUGCCACGAAGGAUUACCUUGUCAACAAUGCUCAGCCGCUUCUUUAUCGUGUACUUAUGAUAGGAAGCGUAAGAAAUCUGGGCCCAAAGGUCCGCGGAAGCGCACAAAAGAGGCAAUUAAGCAGACUCAGCAUCAGCAGUCUGGCAAGCGCACGAGACAGGAAACCACUGACAGUGAGCCUGACGUUGCAGAUGCGAUUGCAACCUCUUCAUCCCUAGACCAGACGAGGGCGCAUUCGAAGACAUGUGAUCCUUCAAACAGUCGGGAUGGCGACAGAUCCAAUAGCCCUCCCAGCAUUGUAUCACCACAGCCCGAUGACCGAGUCUCGCUCUCGUCACUGACCUAUUAUUUGAACAUAUACAACAGCUGUCUGUACGUCGUAUGGCCCAUUGUAGACCACCAGAAACUCGUUCAGCGUCUGCACCAAGGCGACAACAAGAUCGCAUACGCCCUUGCCACUUCAAUAUGCUCAGCAACAAUAGCCCAACUUCAGCUACCACCAGAUGAGCAUGGCAAUUCCUCGCACUCGAUGGCAUAUGAGGCUGAAAAGACAAGACUCAUGCUAGACUAUCCCAAGCACCAAACAGUCGACGCAUUGCUCACUUGCUUCUUCCUUCACGCCUUCUACGCUAAUACUGGAAAGAUCACAAAGUCCACAUUGCUUCUGCGGGAGGCCAUCGCCCACGCCCACAUUCUUGGGCUACAUCAAGAUUUGUUCUACACUGAGUUGGAUGCUGAGACGAUUCAAUACCAUCUUCGUAUUGCAUGGGUUUUAUUUAUAACAGACAGAGCUCACUCUUUGCAACAAGACAUACCCCCAACAUUCAAGCUUAGCCCAACACUCCCGCAGCUUCAAUCGCAACAUGAACCUGGCCCUGGUUCGGCCUUUCGUAGCUUAUGCAAGCUUUUCCAGACCUUUGAUGAUGCCUGUCCUUCGGGUGUCAGCUCGAAACAAAUUGGUCUUCUCGGUGCUAUAAGUUCUCAAUUGCAGACGAGGCACCCUCUACCACUCUGUGAAAAUGAGGUUCAGAGAGCCGACAUCGUGGUCACCGAUUCCUGGCUGAGGGUCGUGCUAUGGAAGGCCGCGAUUCCAUUUGUAGAUGCCAACACAGAUCCGUUUGAUCAAAACCUGAGCGUGUCAUUUCCCGCAUCUGUGGCUCAUGAUUUACUGUUGAGACUGACUACUCUGUCAUCGUGCGCUCUAGAAACUCAUGGUCCUGGAAUGGUAGCUACCCACCUGGUCCAUACAGGAGUUCCGUAA